AUGGCCGGCCACAGAGAAUUAGACCAAAUGAGGCUGCACAGCCAGGACGUCCGACAACUCUGCCAAGUCGGCGAAGACGACGACGACACGGAUUUUCUUGCUCUGAGCCUCUCUUCCCACCAUCCCUCCCGGCCGCCGCCUGAAAUCCCUCAACCCGUCCCUCCGCGGACCGGCCGUGGCCGCCGCAGCAGCGCCCAACUGCCGGUGAACGAGACCGUGCCGGCUCCGUAUCCGUGGGCCACCAACCGACGCGCCGCCGUCCAGAGCCUCAACCAGUUGAUCGAAAGACAAAUCUUCGCCAUCUCCGGCAGAGUCCAGUGCAAGCGCUGCGAGCGGCUCUACGAGAUCGAGUACGAUGUCCGGGAGAAGUUUAUUGAAGUUGGAACAUUCGUCGUCAAGAACAAGGACGCCAUGCACGAUCGUGCUCCCGACGUUUGGAUGAAUCCAAUCCUUCCGAAAUGCCGAUUCUGCGAGCAAGAAAACUGCGUCAAGCCCGUGCUUUCGGAGAAAAAGAAAACGAUCAACUGGCUUUUCUUGUUUCUUGGCCAGAUGCUUGGUUGCUGCACGCUUGAGCAGUUGAAGUACUUCUGCAAGCACACCGGAAAUCAUCGGACCGGCGCGAAAGAUCGGGUUCUUUACCUUACUUACCUCAAUCUCUGCAAACAGCUCGAUCCCACCGGACCGUUCGAUCGCUGA